GCUGACCACAUUUAUCUCUUGCUCUUCCUCAUUUUUUUCUCAAGACAAUCAGGUUAAAAAUUUUUUCGAAGGAAAAUUUGUAAAUUUUUUAAUAAAUCUCAAAAUGGCCAUGUCUCCUGAAGUUAAAGAACGUUUAGAAAUUGUUUACGAUAUUGCUAAAACCACAUUCCAUUGGGGAUUCGUACCCAUGGUCUUGUAUUUGGGUUUCAAAAAAGGUGCUGAACCCGGUAUGCCAGCCUUGUCAUUGAUGAGCUUGUUGUGGCAAUAAAUAUAUAUUUAUAAGAAACUGUAAUUUAUAAUUGCAAUUAUGUACAAUUUCUGCAUACUGUUUCUGUUUUAAGUCUGUUUAUUAUGAUACAAAUAUAAAUAUGGAUGUUUUUUUUAAUA